AUGGAAAAAACAGAAAUGUACGUUACACGCCCAUCUGAGGCUACUGUACAUUCUUCAAAUGGCAAUAAUAGUAACAGCCGCUCUCUUGAGGAGCGCUGGGUCCAAGAUCGUCUUGUAUUAGCGAACCAAAUAGAAAAUCUUCUUGUUGCUAUUCGCUCGGAUGGUAGAUUUGUUUCCAAAACUCGCUUUACAGAUGUGGGACGUAUGGCGGAAGAACAUCCAUUGCUACGUCGUCUCAAAGCUUUACAACGUAAAGUGAUGACACCAAGUUUGGUACGCCAUUUAAGUGAGGAGGAAAUACUUCAACCAUUUUGUGAUCUUUCUGUUAGUGCAGAUAUGGGUGAUACAAUUGUAGGUGUUGUAUUGGCAUCUUUAUCUAAUAUUGUGGAUCUUCAAUGUUCCUUUAUAACGAGGGAAGGAUUGGAAAAAUUGCUUUUUACUACUCGUGGUAGGAGAGGUGGAGUAAGUGGUAAUUCCUCCUAUGAAGUUGUGCUCUCUAGAAGAUUACAGCUAUGUGUAAGUUGUACAAGUCACCCUUGUGCACGUGAAAUGCCUGAGCGUCUUUUUGUAAAAACAUUAAGACGCGCUUAUGCAUUAGCAGUACAUCCAUCAGCUAGUCAAUUACUUCAGAGAACUGCAGAACAAGCUAUGAAAUCUAUUAUUUCAUCUCUUUACAAUUUUAUUUUACAAGAUAAACAAAAUCAUGGUAAACAUGACUGUAAAAGUGGAUCUCAUCAAGGAUCAGGUUUAAAUGGUGUUACAAUGCUACGUUUUAUUUGUCGACUUAUUACUGGUAUAGAUGAUGAUGAAGAUACCACGAAAGAAAACUUGCGUAGUGAGGCACGAGUUUCAUCAAGAACUCCAGUAAUACAGUUAGAAGGAUUAUUUUUAGUACAAACAAUGCUAUUUAUAGUAAAAGAUCACCUUUGUAAACCAGGAUGGGAAGAACUUCUUUACGGUGUUCAACAUAACCUUUCUCGAGUAUUAUUAGUUGCAGGAGUAAGUACAGAGAAUGUUAUUGUUCUUUCUCAAAUUCUUCGAACUAUACAUGUUGUGAUGAGAUCUGCUUCAGCUCGUUUGAUUCCACAAAUUUAUUCUUUUAUACGAGUUUUACAUAUUGGUCCUAUCAUUCGAAUGACAGAAGAUUUACGCUCCGACCCAACAUCACCAAAGAGACUAUCCUCCUCACCUCGUACAGCCGUUUCACCUUCAAUUCCUACUACCGGUACCUUUCAUAUGAGUGUUUCUAAAAUGCAAGAUUUGUGUGAAAGACGAGAACUUAUUCUUGAAAGUCUCGUAGAUUUUUGUUGUGAUAUAGAUUUUGCAGCUUUUUGCUAUGGACAAUAUGAUCUUUCACGUCGUUUUUUUCCAUUGUUUAGUAGUCUUUGCAGUGUUCUUGUGGAAAAUUGUUUUCAUAUAAGUGAUAGUACUUCCUCUGUUGUGAUGAAAGGAGGACGUGAUGGAACCGUUAAUGAUUUAUGGAGUGAAGGUUUUUUUAAUCAUACAGAUAUUUUGGCUUUAGAAGCACUUUAUGGACUUUUAUCUCAAACCGCUUUAACAAUUUCAAGACCUGAACCUCCAUUGGAAAAAUUAUCAUCUUUGAUAGAAUCCCGUUUGGAAGAAAAAAAAUUAUUAAUGAAAUUUGCUUCUUUAUUUCGAAAUGAUGCUAUAAAAGAGGGUAUACCAUUUUUAUUACAGAAUGCUGUACGAGUUCCAGCUGGAACAUUUAAAAAAGGAAUGUUAAAUGCACCUGCUUUAAUCCUUGAAGAACCUGCAGGUGGACGUCAAGUAGGAGCUUCUCUUUUUCGGCUUAAUGAUAUUCUUGAUAAACGAGCUUUAGGAGAUUAUUUGGGUGAAUUAGGACGUGAACCGGCUGCUCCUAUUCUUGAUGGUAGUAUAGAAUCUACAAAAGCCCAUGCGGCAUGGGAAGCAGAACGUCAGAAUGAUCAUUUACGUGCAGGGACUGUACGUUUUUUUGAAGAACAACUUAAAGGUUUUUUAGAUGAAUUUGAUUACCGUAAUAAAUCUGUAUUAUCUUGUAUUCGUGAAACUGCAUAUCGUAUGUGUAUGCCAGGAGAAGCUCAAAAAAUUGAUCGUGUUAUGGAAGCAUUUGCAAAGAAAUGGAAUACGGAUAAUCGUGAUUCCGAUAAAAGUAUAAAUCCUUUUUCUACUGAACAUGCACCUUUUAUUUUAGCGUUCUCAUUGAUUAUGUUAAAUACAGAUCAACAUUCUGGAAAAAUGGUUAAACCAAUGACACAAGAAGAUUUUCGACGAAUACAUCGUGAUAGUGAUGGUGGAACUAGUUUACCAGAUGAAUUUUUAAAUGAUUUAUAUGAUGAUGUUAAAGCUCAUCCUAUUAUUAUGGCUGAUAUGAUAGAUACAGGUUUUACAAAUGAUGUUACAUGGGAUCUUGAAAUGCAAGAAUCUUCACCAUUAGAAGGUUCCAUAUCUUCUGAUGUCAUUAAAUCAUUUUCUAUGCAAUCCAUUUCUUCAAAUGAAUCUAAUUUAAAUUUUAUUCACGCAUUACAUCCAUUUGUUUUUCAAGCUCUUUGGAAAGAAUGUCUAACAGCAUUUUCCAAUACUUUACAGGGAUGUAGAGCUCCUCUUGAAAACUAUAUGAUGGAAGAUAAAGGAACCAAUGGUAGUAUCUCCAAUAAGGAAUCUACUUUCUAUCCUCCUGAAUACGCUUACUAUAAAGCUUUAGAUGGUCUUUCUCUUAUUGCUAAAACGGCUGCACAUUAUGGAAUGGUUUCUGCGGUGGAUCAUGUUAUUUUAACAUUAAUUGAAGAGUUACCACUUGAUAUGCAAGAGGCCCAUACUUCAUUAAUGCAUCUUGGUAAUCAACCAUUCUCAUUACAAUGUCUGGAAAAACUUUUUACUCUACUUAAAGAGUGUAAACCCAAAAUUAUGGAUGCAUGGAAAGAUUUGGGAUAUAUUUUUACUAAACUUUUCCUUCUUGGUGUGUUUGCAAGGGAAAUUGAAAAAACUUCUGAAGCUUUAGGUGUCUGGGAAGAAUUAUAUACCAAUCCUGGUAUUAUUGCUACUGGGGUAAAACGUACUUCAUCCGAAGGUGGAUGGCUCUCCGCAUUAUGGGGAUCAUCAUCAUCUACUUCACCAGAACGAUUAAGAGAACAGGAAGUAGAAGAAAAACAAGCUAUGGAACGUAUUCGGGCUAUUAUUCCAUCUAUUGAAGAAUUUCUGCAUAUGAUUGAUAGUCUUGAUGAAAAAUCUCAUCAAUUAUUCUUUUCUGCAUUAUGUGAAUCUACAUCACUAAAAUCAAAAAAGACAUCUGAAAGUUAUUCUAUCUCUUAUACAAUAUUUCUUGUUACAGAGGUGAUGAUACGUCGUUCAAAUGAUAGUAUUAAUAUGGAUCGUUAUAUUAAAUUGUGUCGACAAUUAACAUCUGUUAUUUUCAUUAUCCUUGAUCAACCAAAUGAGGCACGAUCUAAUAUUACGAAUAAUCGAAAUCGUGGUGGUGGUGGUAGUGGAACUGAGGAUGAUUUACUUUCUGCUGCGGAAUUUAAUCAACCUAUUACUUCUGAAGCAUAUGAAUAUUGGAUAUCCGUGGGAAAUCGUAUAGUAGUAUCAAUAGUAAGAGCGAUAAAGCAAUUUUCAUUCAAUGCUUCAACUCGUAAUGUGGCGGUUGAACUUCUUAAUAUAUUAACAAAUGCACCUGUCAAAGUAUUUAGUGCAGUUGUAGCUCCUGAACUUUCUAGUGCUUUAUUAGAAAUUCUGGUAAAUCCACAGUAUUUAUCAACUCCACCAUCACAUGAAUAUUUAGAAGGAUUAUUAAGGGCACUUCAUGUGAUAUCUACCACUUGUGUUGUUCCUCGUAUACAAUGGAAAGUACGAAAAGCUAUUGCAGCUCUUGUAAAACUUGAAAAGUAUGAUCCUUUACAGGAUAGUGAUGCUGUUGUAAAUGCUUUGGUAUCAUGUUCUCUUGCAUCACCUUCUACUGAUGGGAUAAAUCCUGACGGAGUAGUAGGAACAGAUGAAGUUAGUCGUAAUGAACCUGCUGAAAGUUUUGCAGAUAGUAUUACUUGUGUUUGCCGACGUCUUGUCACUAUUAAUACUAUACAAUCUGCAGUUAAUAAUGGAAAAAAAUGGGAACUUUUAUGGGUUUCAUCCUUACGUGGUCUUUCUGCCUUAGUUGUACUCUCACGUCAUUAUCGUGAUAGGAGUGAUGCUUUGUUAUGUUUACAACGUUGCUUGCUAGACUCAGAAAUUAGACAUCUUCCUGGAUCGGCGGUUGCUCUUCUCUAUGAAGAUGUUAUUUUUCCCCUCACUGAACAAAUGUGUGCACCAUCAUUAGAUAUCCUGGCAACACCACAAAAUGAAAAAGUAACGGAUAUUGAUAGUACUACAGAUGCAAAACCUGUUCACUCUUUUGUUUCUGGUUUUUUCAGUACACUGGCUCCUGCGCCUCUUUCCAAACGGGAAGCAGAAGGUACAUCAACAGGUCAACUAAGUGUUGAAAGGAGUAAACGAAAGGUAGCGAUCGAUUUAAGAUGUCGAAUGGUAGCUCUUUUACCUAAAGUCCUCUUACAUUAUGUGAGAUCUUUGGUAGAUACACCGGAGAUAUUACAAGAAUUAUCUCAACGUAUACUUGGUACUCUCUACGCACUUUAUACCGCACCAAAUGAUAUGGCGAGCAACGAAGAGGAUUCGGAUACACGUGAGAUGGGGAAAGAAGUUAUGCGUACGAGUGGUACAACAGAGGAUGAAAUAGCACUUCGUGAAGCUAUUCAGGAAACUGUGAAAAACAUGAUUAACGUUCUAGAGUCUACUCUAGCAGAUCCGGAAUGUAUGGUUACAAUGCAAAAGAUUCCUUAUUUUUGGACAUCUACUAAAAAUGUUCUCCGUACAUUUGACUUUGCUGAACCUCUUCUUACCUUGAUUGAUAGCCGUGAGAGCUGA